AUGGCCGACGCAGUGCCCGAAGAACCAAAGGUCUCGAAGCGCGCCGCCGAGAAGGAAGCCAAGAAGGCAGCUAAGAAGGCGGCGAAGGAAAAGUACAAGGAAGCCGCUCCUGCCAAACAGCCCGCCCAAAACACACCCGCCGCGCCCGCCGCGCCCGCCGACCCCAAUGUCAACUUCAAGCAAGGUUGGCUCAAGGGCGUCUACAACGAGAAGCCCGUCGACACUGUCCAGACGCGUUUCCCUCCAGAGCCCAAUGGCUACCUGCACAUCGGCCACGCAAAGGCCAUCACCGUCAACUUUGGUUUCGCCAGAGCUUACGGCGGCAAGUGCAACCUGCGCUUCGAUGACACAAACCCCGCCAAGGAGGAGGAGCGCUACUUCACCAGCAUCAAGGACAUGGUCAGCUGGCUGGGCUUCGAGCCUGCCAACAUCACCUACAGCAGCGAUAACUUCGACGAGCUGUACCGUUUGGCCGAGCUUCUGAUCACCCGCAACAAGGCCUAUGUCUGCCACUGCUCCGCCGCAGAAGUCCAGAAGGGAAGAGGAGGCUCUGAUCAUGGCCCUCGCUCCGUCUGUAGCCACUGGAGCAGACCCGUUGAAGAGUCGCUCGAAGACUUCCGCGCCAUGAGAGACGGCAAAUACAAAGCUGGCCAGGCUGUCUUGCGCAUGAAGCAAUACCUCGGCACCAAGCCUGAGGAAUACGCUAACCCCUCCAUGUGGGACGUCGCCGCCUAUCGAGUCAAGGACCAGAACUACCACCACCGCACCGGCCUCAAGUGGAAGAUCUAUCCCACCUACGAGUUCACCCACUGUCUGUGUGAUAGCUUUGAGGCUAUCACUCACUCCCUGUGUACUGUCGAGUUCGAGACUCUCCGUCCUGCUUACAACUGGCUCCUGGAGGCUCUCGACCACAAGCUUCCUGCAUCCGAGGAGAAGGGUCCCAUGCAACGCGAGUAUGGCAGACUCAACGUCGAGGGUACCAUCCUGUCCAAGCGCAGAAUCCAGAUGCUGCCUGUCGCUGGCGCUCAGACCAUCCCUCCUGUUGUUCGUGGCUGGGAUGACCCUCGUCUCUUCACCCUUGUUGCUCUUCGUCGUCGUGGUGUUCCUCCUGGUGCCUUGAAGAAGUUUGUUCUUGAUCUCGGUGUGACAAAGGCCAAUGCCGACACCAAGAUGCACAUGUUGGAUGCUUCCGUCCGCACUUACCUUGAGCGUACCGUGCCCCGUCUGCUGGUCGUCCUCGACCCCAUCAAGGUCGUCAUCGAUAACCUUGCCGAGGACUACCUCGAGGAGCGUGAGGUUCCGUUCGACCCCAAGGACAAGGAGAAGGGUACGCACAAGCUUCCCUUUACUAAGACUAUUUACAUCGACCGCGAUGACUUCCGCGAGGUUGACGACCCAGACUUCUUCCGUCUUGCUCCCGGAAAGUCUGUUGGUCUCCUCUAUGCCGAACACCCUCUCCGCUGCACAUCGUUCACCAAGGGUGAGGAUGGCAAGGUCAAUGAAAUCCGUGCCGAGUACGGUGCCGAUGUUCCUGCAGGCAAGGCGCGUAUCCACUGGAUCGGUGAAUCGGCAGCCCACAAGUCGCCGGUCAAGGCCGAGGCACGCAUCUUCAACUCACUCUUCAAGAACCCUCGUCCCAACGAGCUCGACUGGAAAACCGGUGGCUACUACGACAAUGUCAACCCCGACAGCGAGAUUGUGUACAAGAACGCCAUGAUCGAAGCUGGCUUCUCCGACAUUCAGCAGCGCGCACCCUGGCCCAAGGAGGAGGGUGAAGCCAAGGGCAACACAGGUCCCGAGGCCGUCCGCUUCCAGGGCUUGCGCACUGCCUACUUCUGUGUCGACAAGGACAGCUCGGCUGACAACAUCAUCCUGAAUCGCAUUGUCAGCUUGAAGGAGGAUACCAGCAAGAAGUAA